UGAAUAGAAUACUGUGGCAUCUUUGACAGUUAAAAUCUUUAGUUUUUAUUAGCUUUUUAUGUGUACAAAAUAUUUAAUAAUCGAAGUUUGAAAAAGUUCGGGGCAGACUACUCUGAAUGUCUGCGAUAUGGCUGAUUGUGUUUUAUCCAUUCAGACAGUAUCGCUGAUUUGGCCGAAGAAAGGAAAAGUCAUGUCAAGAGAUUGCGAAGAUACCGUCAUUUUUAAAAAGCCUGAUCUUCCAAUAUGUGCGUUUCCUCUAAUUGCAGAUAUAAGGCGACAAGGAAAACUUUGCGAUGUAACAUUAAAGGUUGGGGAGCAAAAGUUUUCAGCACAUAGAAUUAUACUGGCAGCCAGCAUCCCUUACUUCAAUGCCAUGUUCACCCAUGACAUGAUGGAAUCAAAACAGAAUGAAAUAACUAUGGAAGGAAUUGAGCCAGGUGCUCUGGAAGCGUUGGUGAACUUUGCCUAUACAGGAAAUGUGGCCAUAGACAAGAAUAAUGCACAGUGUCUUCUUAUAGCAGCCAGCUUUCUGAAUUUGCAUUCUGUGAGAGAUGCCUGCUGUAAUUACUUCAAGGACAGACUAAAUGUACAGAAUUGUCUGACACUACGGGCAUUUGCUGAUCAAUAUAUGUGUGUCAGCCUUGUGGAGGCCACCAACAAAUUUAUUCAGUUCAAUUUCAAGCAAGUUUCAGAUACUGAAGAAUUCUAUGCACUUGGAAAGCAGGAUGUUGUUGAAAUAAUUUCUUAUGAUGAACUAAAUGUCAACAGCGAAGAGGAGGUUUUUGAGGCUGUACUAAACUGGGUGAAAUUCAAAGAGGCAGAACGCAAAGUUUUCCUGCCUGAGCUGAUGGUGAAGGUUCGACUUCCACUGCUGACUCCUCCUUACCUCAGUGAUCGUGUAGCCACAGAGAAUCUUAUUAAAAAUUCUCUUCUGUGCAGGGAUUUGCUGGAUGAAGCACGAGAUUAUCUGCUAAUGCCAGAAAGACGAACAUUAAUGCAGACCUUUAAAACUCGUCCUCGCUGUUGCACAGAUAUUCCUGGAAUAAUUUAUGCUGUUGGUGGUCUUACACCUUGUGGCAACUCGCUGAACACUGUUGAGCGAUACGAUCCUGUAACAGGAUGUUGGUCUGUGUCUGAGUCUAUGAAUACAACUCGAAGCAGGGUUGGUGUUGCUGUUUUAAAUGGGCGACUUUAUGCCAUAGGAGGUUACAAUGGAGUUGAUCGACUUAAUACAGUGGAAUCAUUUGAGCCUUCAAUACGAAAAUGGAAAAAAGUUGCUUCCAUGAAUUGUAAACGCAGUGCUCUUGGAGCAGCAGCUGUAGGUGGAAAGCUGCUUGUGUGUGGAGGCUACGAUGGUGUGUCAUCACUUCACUCAGUGGAAAUAUAUGAUCCCAAGACUGACUCAUGGAUGCUUGUUGCACCAAUGAAAAAUCAUAGGAGUGCUUCUGGUAUGGCUGUUCUGGAUGGGGAGGUAUACAUAUGUGGGGGCCAUGAUGGACUUUCCAUUUUUGAUUCUGUUGAGUGUUACAACUGCACAGAAGGGCAAUGGCGAGAUGUACCCAGUAUGAUUUCCAAGCGCUGCCGCCUUGGGGUUGCAGCCCUUAAGGGUAAACUGUAUGCUGUUGGUGGCUAUGAUGGCGCAGUUUUCCUGCACAGUGUUGAAUGCUAUGACCCAAAGGCUGGCCAAUGGAAAGAGGUGUCACCAAUGAAUAUGAAACGAAGUCGGGUAGCUGUGGCAGCUACCCAUGGAAAACUGUUUGCUAUUGGUGGGUAUGAUGGACAGACAAAGCUAACGUCAGUGGAGAUGUAUGACCCUGAGAAGGAUAGGUGGACUCUCGUGGCACAGAUGAUAUUGCAUGAAGGAGGGGUUGGGGUAGGGGUUGUUCCAAAUGAAGAUCCCAAUUAUGAUCCCAUUUAAAACCAAGGACAGUCAGUUCAUAAACUUUUGUGAAAGUUGUUGCCAAACACAUUUUGUGGGCUGGAAAGAUGUCUGUUAAUUUGUCUUGAAAGGUUCAAGUAGAUUAAGUUUUGCUGCAAAUUCAUUCUUUUUGUCAGCAGAAGAGCCUAGGUGUUCUAUAGAUUUACAGAUGUCACAGAAAAACAAUCUUUUACUUCAAAAACUUCAUUUAUUUCACUUAAAAUUUAUUUGGAAUAGGGUAAUAGUACAGAUUGUGAUCAGGAGUUUCCUGUUGAUGUGUGUCGAUCUGUGAUUAAAGCAUUUACCUGUUUGUUUUUGCCACUUGUGACAAUAACAAAUGUACACUCAGGAUUCUAAUCUGAACAUGUAUAUUGGAUAAAUUAGGAAAUCAUUAGCAACUUCCUGCAAUAUUGUGAGAAAACAGUAUUUCUAAAUGUGAUGCAAACUAGUCAUGUAAUAUUUUAAUUACAUGUCUUCUCAUUAAAUUUUUAUGUUCAGUUUUUCAGAGUGUGAUAUGUACAAUACCUGGAGUGCAUUUUAAUGUAAUUGUGUAUGGUACAGUGCAGGUAUGAUGGGUACUCUGGUUACAUUCAGUGACCAAUAUCAUCAUGUGUGACCAUUACAAUCAUGUGUGACCAAUACAAUCAUGUGUCAUGGGUUCAUAUCUUGUUCUUUCUCUGCAUGUAGCAUUUGCGGAUAACUGAUUUGCCAUGAUUUGAUCUUAGUCACUGGCUCAAUGUAAGUACUGUUGAUCCUCCCACCCACCCCUUCCACUCUCAUACAUCUAUGUGUGCUUAUUCAUAGGUGCCAGGAUAUUUUGCUUGAUGCACUCAUAAUUAUUUGCACAAAUAUCUAAUCAAGAUGAGACCUUUGAAUCUCACCAAUAGUUGGACAUUGCAAACACAGAUGUUAUUCUUGUACUUUUAUAUCAAAUGUGUUUCAAUAGCUUAUGACUAUAAUCUAAAAAAAAAAAAUGUGGAUUUUUGCCUCUCAUGUGAAAUUGUGUAGUGAUUGUUCACCAUUUUUUUCUCUGGCUUUCUUACCCCUUAUCACUUCGUUCUUAUCACCCCUCUGGCUACCUCUUUUAGCCCUGGGGUGUUGUUGUAUGUUUGUGUUUUUGGGUGAAUUGGUGCUUUAUGCCAAGCCAUCAACUAAGUUACAUCAUGGUAAAGCAGUCAGUCCUGUCAAGAGGUGCCACAGAGAAAGAACAAUACACCUGAGACGAGAUUUGAAUCCAGGACAUUGAAUCCACUGUAUUGUUCACUGUUGCUCUACUGGACAGUCCUGAGUGGGUGAGAAGGUUGUGUAUGUAUUUGACUACACAGUAUGCAGGACCAGAAUUUAAACUUUCAGCAUGUAUAUGUAGCAAAUUAGAAUGUAGAAACCAAGUGAAAUUUCUGUAAUCUGAUUUUGUGUGUGUGUGUGCGCUCACGUAUGCUUGUUAGCAAUUACAAAAAUAUAAGAGUACAAGAAGACUGGCAUAAGCCUUAGAUACACCAAUGUGGUCAAUAGAUAUUUUUGCAUGAUAUCCUGAAGAAAAGCAGUAGGAAUUAUUUUUUCAGACAGUUUUUCACAUCAGAUUGCUGUGACCUUGUUCAGCUAUGGUGUGGACUAACAGGAUAAUGAUGUUAAUCAAAAUGUCAUUAGGCAGUUUAACAAACAGGAAAAAACAUUGCUUAAAUAGAACAUCGUACUGUAUGACUUAUAAACGAAGCAAACAGUGUUGAGAGCCUAUCACUAGUAAACAUUAGGCACACUGUGAAAAAAGUACCCAAAGAGAAAUGCCUGUAUAAGACAGCAAAGUGUUAUUCUGGAAGACCACGAAGUGUUGAUUUUUAUGCAGGCGCCUGCAGUCUUUUAUACACUUGGAACCCAUCAUUAAAGCUGAUUCACGACUACCAUGGGGACGUCUCGGAAGAGAACCGGAGGUGAAGGACGGGCUCAACUAACUACAAGCAAUUUUCAGUUCCAAGUUUGCCUGAGUCAGCCAGUGAAAGUAACAGUAGCGACGGCAGCAAUGGCGAGGCUCAACAAGAACAGCAGGAGCAUCAACUUCAAAACCAAAUUCAAGUUGUACAAGUCCCUGGUCGUUCCCAUCAUACUGUAGGCUGCGAAGCGUGGACCCCGUUGACCUAAACAAAGAGGAUUUAGCCAUUAGAGUUUAAAUGCUUCCGAAUUUCCUGCAUGGAAUGAAAACAAAUGACUUUGUCGACAAUUUAGUUGCCGGUCUGGUCGGUUCCCCGGGAACCGGACCUCUGUUCUCCACCGUCGAGCAGCGAAAACUGGUUUGGUUCGGGCACGUCUCUCAGCACAACACACCACCCAAGACAGUGUUCCAGGGGUGUGUGGAGGGAGGUUUCGACUGUGCAAGCAGAAAAAGUGAUGACUGACCAACAUCAACGGGCCGUCAGAUGGCCCCACUGGCGCACCUACACCAUUGCUGAUCGUCACUCCAACGUCUAGUCACAGGAGAGAGAGAGAGAAUUUAGCGAAGAUCGGCCUCCUGAGAGAGCAUGCAGUCGUCCAAUUGCUUUGUCCAGUUAAUCUUUUCACUCGGAAACCAAGCCUACAACUCAAUCCAUGAAAUAGCUGACGUUCCUCACUCAUGUUAGAAAUUUGAUCGGGCCGCUUGAGUACCCGACACACCUGAAACAACAUGUUCUGUUUGUAAGGGGAAGUUGUCAAUUACUUUGUCAAUAAUGGAGGCGAUUUUUUUAGUUGUUUUGUUUUCCGCCUUCUUUCGCUCACUCACUCAGGUUUGAAGUGAAGAAUGGCGCAAGGCAGGAAAUAACGGCCACUCCUUUGGCGACAGCAGUGUGAACAUCGAGAGGGCGGAAGUUGGUAUUUCUUUAUUUGACUUUUUUUUGCUAGAUUAAAAAGUAAGGAGUCGCAUAAAACAGUGGACGAAGGGGAGUGAGGGGAGUGGGGAACAGGACAUGUAUGUAGUUCCCCGUGUUUAGUCUCCCAAGAAGACGCGACCUAAUGACUUUCUACUGAACCAGCCACAGGCACGAUGAUCUGCUCCAUGAUUAGGAGCAUUACUCACAAAGCUAUGAAGUCUUUGCAUUACUAGGGAAAAAAAGUAUAAAAAUUCCCAUUUGUGCAUUUUUUUUAAUGUUUGAGCUGCAUUAUCCAAAAUAAUCCAUUCAUGCCAAAUUUCUCAUGUUUUAAUCUAUAAGAUAUAAAUUAUAUUUCUCAUACUGUAGGCUGUAGCUGUAUGUUUUGUUGUUAGUUUAUCUCACUCUUUUAAUGGCGUUCGAUUCACUGGCACAUUUUGUUCGUUGAAGACGUCUACUAGUAUAAGGCUAUAGUCAUCGAGCUACAUUUGCCUUAUCGAAAGAAAAUUAAAAAAAUUCUUUAUUA